CGCUCAUUGUGUAGCACUAUAUCUGUAUACAGCUUUCGCAGUCUUUUGUCGUUUGCAAGUAAGAAAGGAUCCCCAGCAUGGAAUGCGUGAAUUUCUUGUGCAUUUUAUUCUGUGCAAUUGUAACGGUAUAUGCACGAAUAGAAUACGACGACCCCUAUUACCCUCUAUGUGCUUGUGGAAGACAUAACGCCAGAUACUCUCAAACGUCAACUUGACGAUGACUUGCCCGAGACGUUGGUAUUGAACGUUAAGCGCGGCGUUACGUCUAACGUCAAACUGACAUUGAGUGAGAACAAACGCCUGAAUCACAAUGCGCCGAUGUACGAGGUUAAGUCUGUUAAUGGUCAAAAUUUGCUGAAGAAGCUGAACACCUCCCCAUUGCAGGAGACGAAAUUCUACCAGGACAAAAACAAAGUUGGGUCAUUCAUGGUGUCGUGUAAACGUUUCAACAAGGGCACAUGCGUAAGAAGCGUUACUGGAAGUCUCAUACAUAACGACGAGGCUUACGAGAUAAGGCCCGCCGAAGACACGCUUAGCACGAGAAACCUCGAAGCAACGCGAGGCGUGAGAGACUUUCCUCACAUCAUGACACGAGUCAGCGAUCUGGCGCGCGGUCAGAGAGGGCAGGGUCAUGUGAGCAAUGAUGAAAGAAUUCCUUCGGAUAUUCCGGAUUACGACAAAAACAGCAACGAAAAUGCGGAAAGAGAGAAUGAGAGUGUGGACGACUACGACAAAGAUAUAAAGAUAGAUCCAGCGAAUUUUGAAAAGACCCUUCAGAAAUUACGUUCUAAGGCAUCACUAGAGAAACUGAGAAAUAGAAGACAGACACGACAGGACAAAGUCUACGCAGUCGAGGUAGUGGUGGCUAUCGACCCAUCUUUGUGGCAGAAAUUUUACACGGACACACAGGCUACUGGCGGAAUGUCCAGAGAAGAGACAACAGAGUACAAACUUCGGGAACAUUUCUCGCAGAUCAUCAAUGGCAUUAGCACGCGAUAUGAAAGUAUUGACUCUAACGAACUGAACAUUUACGUUACGGUUACUGCCUUUCUGUUGUACAAGACUAUCGACUCCACCAAUCCGCUGCCGCCGUCGGCGAUUGAAACGUUUGCCGGCUACGAAUAUCAAUAUGUUAACAGUAGCGUCUACUUACCUGCUCUACCGGUUUGGCUAAGUAACCUGUCGGGUCUUCCAGACAAUGAUCACGUCAUGGUUUUUACAUGGUAUCAAGUCUACAGUGGGAACUAUUGGACUGGUGUAGCUGGCAUAACCUAUUUAAGUGGCGCGUGCACAUACCGACGGGUGUCACUCAAUGAAGUAAUGUUCACCACCUUUACCACAAUAUCAGUGGCCGCGCAUGAACUGGGACACAAUCUCGGCGCUGAUCACGAUAGCGGUGACUGCCCAGCUGCCUCAAGCUUCAUCAUGUCUGGGUUGAGCCAGCUCCAACCUGGAGAUGCCUUUACACAGAAUCCCUGGCGCUUCUCAACAUGCUCUGUCAACCAGUUCAGAAAAUAUAUCCAGUACCUUGAUAACAGCGGACAGAACUGCUUGCUGGACAAAGGUGAUUACUACAAUGCCGACGAGUUCAACACCUUCAUCUCACAGUUGCCCGACACCGCGGACGAACAGUGCAAGAAGAUUGUUGGCAACCAUUCCGGACUUGGGUGUGGCCAGACGGCCACAGACCCAUCCAUUUGUCAGUACAUGAAUUGCAAAACAUCUACGCCAGGGCAAUGCAGCGCCAAGACCGCGGACCAAGGUACAUCGUGUGAUGACCCAGCAUUAAAUAAGUGGUGUAUCGCUGGUGCAUGUGUCCCGCGAUCUUCUAUUUCAUCCGGUAAGGCGGAAAUAUAUUGA